GCUCGUGCUAUGGUCAAUGAGAAUCACGAAUUAUGCUAUUUGCAUAAAGACAUAUUCGAUCAUAACCGCAGCAUUAAUAGUGGCGUACAUACCACAGAUGGUCUGUCUUCUGUACCUCUCCCUAAGGUUCCUCUACAUGUUGGCGACAGAUGUUACAAGCACUGUCAGGGUCUGUAGAGAUGGGAAUCCUGGACAUGUCGGAGCUAGCCUGUACAAUCAAGUCUAACAAUGACCGCCUUGCCAACUCGAAACAAAUACAGCAUGUGCGAGGGCUAUUCCUGAAAACAGAAAAACCGGAACCACCUGGGCAAUUUAUGUCUAAACUUGUUGACACCAUGCAACUAAGCUACAAAGGGGAUCGACCUUUUAGGUAUUCACAUCGUGUUGUCGCUACCUUUACCGUGACACUCAUCUGUCUAUAUCAGGUAGCUGUAUCAGUUUUCGGAUAUGGAACACAUUGCAUAGUCCAGCUAAACAACAUGAUUGCAUCUCACCGAUCGCAAAACUCUUCCCAUUUUGAUAUUUUUAGUAUCAUUUCUGAAGAAAAUAUUGACGUUCUUACAGCGUCUUUCUACGUCUCCUUCCUAUUGACAACCCUACUGACAGUGGUCACAAUUUUCCAAAUCAUGAUCUCGUAUCGGAAGAACAUGGAGGCGCUGUAUAGAGGAGAUUUCUCCGUCAUUCCUAGCCAGGCUUACCGACAAUCAGCAAUAACUAUAAUGACUGACAAUUUACAUUAUCCAGGUUACCAGAUAGCCUAUCUCUUUUGGAGUUACGUGAUACAUAUAUUCGUGUUAUUUAUCACCUGCCUGAUUCUUGCAUAUGUCAUUGUUCUCCCGAUUCUGGGUAAAGCACCUAUGUGCUUCCUGCAGCCCUUUCUAACACUUCUAUCAACAACUGCGAUACGCCUUUUGAUAUAUAUGAUUCAAAAGGUUGUGUCCAGAAAAUGGCUACUGCAGAACUAUGAAGUAUUAAACAAGCGGUCAGACAGCAUGGAGAGAGUGUUGUCUCUUCAAAACAGAGAAGCCUACCACAACAUUGCGUACUUCAUGUUCUUUUACUACAUUUUCAUCGCUUUAAUCCGAUGUCUGAUGAGAAUAUUCAAGGCUGUUUUCCUGGGUGUAAUCCUGUUUGGAAGAAUAGACAGAAGCGGACUCAUGAAUGGCUUUGAGACCUGGGAUACAGGCUAUAUGGCGUACGUGAGUUUUCUUCAGAUGGAGCUGGUUCACUGUCACCCCGUUGUGGUAGUAUUCUGUGAUCAACUCUCCAAUAGGUCACCCGCCAACGUCCAAAUACCAAUGCAUAAUGCCAAUGCUCUACCAGGAAACACAAGGUCAAGGUCGACAUCAAGAGAUCCGUUAGUGACGUCAUCGUCUGCGGAACGUUAUGGAACGACAAAAGAUGUCAACGCUGUCACUGUUAUACCCAAGUACAAUAGGAGGAUACAUAAUCGAUGGCUUAAAGUAUAUACUCUGCUGAAAAACCCCUCUCUGGUAGUCAAAUGAUGUUAGAAAGGAAUUAUGGUAUAGUACAUAUAUUUGAUAGACUGGAUCAAUGCAUGUUCCGACUUUAAAAAUUAUGGUUGCUAUGGCAACUGGUCACUAUAAACAGGUUUUCCGAUAAGAACCAUAACUGUAAGUUUGUCCGGACAAAUUAUGGUUGCUAUGGCAACUGGUCACUAUAUCACUGGGUUAUCUUAGUUACAUGUAGGCUCUAAUUAAUAGUUCCAAUUCACCAUUGACUCGUGCCGAUUGCGGGGGUAUUAGCCAGCCAUCCUGGCGACAUUUCUAGUUUAAUUCAAGAUUUGCAUUUCAUUAGCUUAAUAUGUGUGCAUCCCAAGGCUUUAUGAUUGCGUUUGUGAAACCGGAACACCCUUGUUUAUUUGUGAAGCCAUACCGGGACACGAUAGUUUAUUUGUGAAGUCAUGCCGGAAUACGAUAGUUUAUUUGUGAAGUCAUGCCGAAACACGAUAGUUUAUUUGUGAAGUCAUGCCGGAACACGAUAGUUUAUUUGUGAAGUCAUGCCAAAACACGAUAGUUUAUUUGUGAGGCCAUGCCGGAACACGAUAGUUUAUUUGUGAAGUUAUGCCGAAACACGAUAUGUUAUUUGUGACGCCAUUCCGGAGCAUGAUAAUUUAUUUGUGACGCCAUUCCGGAACAUGAUAAUUUAUUUGUGCGCCAUUCCGGAGCAUGAUUAUUUAUUUGUGACGCCAUUCCGGAGCAUGAUAAUUUAUUUGUGACGCCAUUCCGGAACAUGAUAAUUUAUUUGUGACGCCAUUCUGGAACAUGAUAAUUUAUUUGUGACGCCAUUCCGGAACAUGAUA